CUUUGUCUCUCCCUUUUCUUACACUUUCUCUUCGAACACGCAACUCGGAAAAAAUGGCUGGAGUUAUCGGAAAAUGCAGCAAGAUCCGCCAUAUUGUGAAGCUGAGACAGAUGCUCCGGCAAUGGCGGAGCAAGGCGCGAAUUUCCUCUGUCAGACGCUGUGUGCCGUCGGAUGUGCCGUCAGGAUACGUGGCGGUCCACGUUGGAAGCAGUUGCAGGAGAUUCGUGGUGCGCGCGACGCAUCUGAACCACCCCAUCAUCAGGAGCCUCUUGGCCAAAGCCGAGGAGGAGUUCGGUUUUGCGAACCACGGUCCGUUGGUUAUCCCAUGUGAAGAAUCGGUUUUUGAGGAAUCGAUUCGGUUAAUAACUCGGUCAUGUCGGUUUACUUGUACCGACGGUUUAAAGAAGAACCGCCACGGUGGCAAUAGGAGCAAGCUGGAUCGUCUGAUCGAAUCUCGGCCGUUGCUUCACGACGUUUCCAAGAAGACUAUCAUCUGGUGACUCAUCUGAUCCCGCUUGAAUCAGGAGAUGGCCAAAGGUGGAUGUGUCGUCCCGGGUUCGAAUCCGAGUUCACGAGAAAAAAAGAGUGGUCAUUAUUUAGUAUUGGCUGUAAAACAGAUUGAUCAAUUUCUAUUACAUUUAUUUAUUCAUUUGUUACUUAAUUUUGGUAUUUACUGUAAAAUAUA